UGGCAAGGUCAGCCUGGGCGCGGGCGUCUACCGCGACAAUGACGCCAAGCCGUGGAUCUUGCCGUCUGUGAGAAAGGUGCGUUGAGAAGAUGUGCCCCUCCAUCAUGGUCUCUUUUCCAAUUGAGGCGUGUCUGGACAUUUUGGACUGACAAUGGUUGUUCCCAGGCCGAAGAGCGCAUCCUCGCCGACCCCACGGUCGACCACGAAUACCCGCCCAUGAGCGGCUUCCCGCCGUUUGUGGCGCACGCGCAAGCGCUCGUCUUCGGCGAGGAGACGCCGGUGCUGGCGCCGCGCAUCGCGUCGGUCCAAACCAUCUCGGGCACGGGAGCAUGCCACGUGGGCGCGCGCUUCCUGACGGACACGCUCGGAGCCAAGCGCGUGUGGUUCCCGGACCCGACGUGGGGCAACCACCAUCUGAUUUGGACCAUGGCGGCCGGGCACGUCGAGCAGAAGCUGCACCCCUACUACAACCCCAAGACGCGCUCGCUGGACUUUGAGGGCAUGAUGGCGACGCUGCGCGCCGAGGGCCAGAAGGGCGACAUCAUCGUGUUGCACGCCUGCGCGCACAACCCCACCGGCCUCGACCCCACCAAGGAGCAGUGGCAGCAGAUUGCCGACGUGUGCGAGGACAAGGGCAUCUUCCCCUUCUUCGACUCGGCCUACCAGGGCUUCGCCUCGGGCGACCUCGACCGCGACGCCUGGGCCAUCCGCCACUUUGCCUCGCGCGGCCUCGAAAUCGCCGUCGCCCAGUCCUUCUCCAAGAACUUUGGCCUGUACGGCCAGCGCGUCGGCGCCUUCCACCUGCUCCUCUCCAAGCCCGAGGCCCAGCCCAACACCCUCAGCCAGAUCGUCCGCGUCAUCCGCGGCGAGAUCUCCGUCUGCCCCCUGUACGGCGCCCGCGUCGUCGCCGCCAUCCUGAGCGACAAGCAGCUGCGCAACGAGUGGCUCGACGACUUGCGCACCAUGUCGGAGCGCCUCAAGGAGAUGCGCCAGGCCCUGUACUCGGAGCUCCAGAAGAGGGGCACCCCCGGCACCUGGGAGCACAUUGUCGACCAGAUCGGCAUGUUCUCCUACACCGGCCUCAAUGCCGAGCAGGCCCGCAUCCUCCGUGACGACCACCACAUCUACAUGAUGAAGACUGGCCGCGCUUCGAUUGCCGGCCUCAACACCACCAACGUCGAGUCCGUUGGUGCGGCCAUUGACGCCGUCGUCAGGGCUGCCGGCAGCUCUUAGGACCUCCAUAGCAUUUCCUUGCUAUUUUGCAUGACCAGUCCGCCAGUCCAGCUCCUUGGAUUUCUCAAGGUUUAGGCGGCUAUUUUUUUUUUUUUUUUUUUUUU